CCAGUGGGGAGACGGGUUAGAACUGCAUUACCCGUGAAGCUUUGCGCGGAGAGAGGAAGUGACGGCGGGCGGACCCGUUAGCCAAUCGGAGCGCUCGGUGUUGGAGGGUCAGAGCUGCAGUGACAAUACAGCAAGAUGGUGCUAGAAAGUACUAUGGUUUGGUGAGAAACCGGGCUACCGGCGGGUAUGAGGGAGUCACUGAGUGACUGGGGGGAGGGGAGCCCGGGGGCCCGGCCUGGAGAGGGGAGAGAGGGGAAAGCAGGAACCCGGGGGGACCCGACCCGGAAACCCUGAGUCAUUCACUGAGAGCAGGCCGUACUGACCGGGGGGCACCGGGACACAGAGCAAUAACCGGGCACCGGGACACAGAGCAAUAACCGGGCACCGGGACACAGAGCAAUAACCGGGCACCGGGACACAGAGCAAGAACCGGGCACCGGGACAAACAAUAACCGGGCACCGGGACACAGAGCAAUAACCGGGCACCGGGACACAGAGCAAUAACCGGGCACCGGGACAUAGAGCAAUAACCGGGACACAGAGCAACAACCGGGCACCGGGACAUAGAGCAAUAACCGGGACACAGAGCGGGCACCGGGGACACAGAGCAAUAACCGGGACAUAGAGCGGGCACCGGGACACAGAGCAAUAACCGGGCACCGGGACACAGAGCGGGGACCGGGGACACAGAGCGACGACCGGGGACACAGAGCGACAACCGGGCACCGUGACACAGAGCAAUAACCGGGCACCCGGACACAGAGCGGGACACAGAGCAAUAACCGGGACACACCAGGACACAGAGCAAUAACCGGGCACCGGGAUACAGACCGGGGAGCACCGAGACACAGAGCAAUAACCGGGACACAGAGCAAUAAGCGGGCACCGGGACACAGAGCAAUAAGCGGGCACCGGGACAUAGAGCACACACCGGGGACAUAGAGCGGGCACGGGACACAGAGCGGGCACCGGGACAUAGAGCAAUAACCGGGCACGCGGGCACCGGGACACAGAGCAAUAACCGGGCACCGGGACACAGAGCAAUAACCGGGACAUAGAGCACACACCGGGACACAGAGCAAUAAGCGGGCACCGGGACACAGAGCAAUAAGCGGGCACCGGGACAUAGAGCAAUAACCGGGCACCGGGACAUAGAGCAAUAACCGGGCGCCGGGGACACAGAGCGGGCACCGGGACAUAGAGCAAUAACCGGGCACCGGGACACAGAGCGGGCACCGGGACACAGAGCAAUAACCGGGACACACCGGGGCACAGAGCAAUAACCGGGACACAGAGCUAUAACCGGGCACCGGGACACAGAGCAAUAACCGGGCACCGGGACAUAGAGCACACACCGGGGACAUAGAGCGGGCACGGGACACAGAACGGGCACCGGGACAUAGAGCAAUAACCGGGCACGUGGGCACCGGGACACAGAGCAAUAACCGGGCACCGGGACACAGAGCAAUAACCGGGACAUAGAGCACACACCGGGACACAGAGCAAUAAGCGGGCACCGGGACACAGAGCAAUAAGCGGGCACCGGGACACAGAGCAAUAAGCGGGCACUGGGGACACAGAGCGGGCACUGGGGACACAGAGCGGGCACUGGGGACACAGAGCGGGCACUGGGGACACAGAGCGGGCACUGGGGACACAGAGCGGGCACUGGGGACACAGAGCGGGCACUGGGGACACAGAGCGGGCACCGGGACAUAGAGCACACACCGGGACAUAGAGCACACACCGGGCACCGGGACAUAGAGCACGCACCGGGACAUAGAGCACACACUGGGCACCGGGAUAUAGAGCACGCACCGGGCACCGGGAUAUAGAGCACGCACCGGGCACCGGGAUAUAGAGCACGCACCGGGCACCGGGAUAUAGAGCACGCACCGGGAUAUAGAGCACUCACCGGGCACCGGGAUAUAGAGCACUCACCGGGCACCGGGACAUUGAGCACUCACCGGGCACCGGGACAUUGAGCACUCACCGGGCACCGGGACAUUGAGCACUCGCCGGGCACCGGGACAUUGAGCACUCGCCGGGCCACACCGGGGACAUUGAGCACUCGCCGGGCCACACCGGGGACAUUGAGCACUCGCCGGGCCACACCGGGGACAUUGAGCACUCGCCGGGCCACACCGGGGACAUUGAGCACUCGCCGGGCCACACCGGGGACAUUGAGCACUCGCCGGGCCACACCGGGGACAUUGAGCACUCGCCGGGCCACACCGGGGACAUUGAGCACUCGCCGGGCCACACCGGGGACAUUGAGCACUCGCCGGGCCACACCGGGGACAUUGAGCACUCGCCGGGCCACACCGGGGACAUUGAGCACUCGCCGGGCCACACCGGGGACAUAGAGCAAUAACCGGGCACCGGGGACAUAGAGCAGGCACCUGGCACUCAGGACAUAGGGCGGGCACCGGGGGCCUAGAGCACGCACCGGUGGUAUAGAGAAGAUUAAUGGAACUCUAUGUGGGAAUAAAGAGUAAUGGUAACCUGGGCAGGGAGCAGUAUCUGGAAAUAUCGUGGGGGUGACAGCUGGAGACAGCUCCUGGGAGUAUGAAGGAGGAUGGCAGUUGAAGUUGGGGUUAGUAACAGGGGCAGGGAGCAGUAAUGUGGGAGAGCGGACGAGGAUGGCUGUUGGAGCAGGCAGACUUUAAUAAGGGUCAUUGUCAGGAAAACUGGAAGGUAAUGGCUGCCUGUGCAGGAGACUGUAACAUUGAGGAAGAGUAAGACCGCACAGUUAUGGGACUACAUCUGUUAGAAUGGAGGAAACGGAAGACUGACUUGUAUCAGGAAGCAUUGUAGUAAAAUUACACUCAGGACUGUAUUGCAAGGAAUGGAGGAGGCGAACAAUUGGUAAAGGGGCUCUGCCAAGAAGAAUGGAGGGCAGUGACAAUCGGAAGGGAAAAAUAUCCAGGUUUGGGAACUGUGUCAGGGAGACUGAAAGAAGACUGGGUCAUGAAGACUAAAGGGGCCUGUCUACGGAAGACUGGAGGGGGUUAACAACAGGGGAGGAGAGUGAGUCAGGGAGCUUGGAGGGUAAAAGCUUUUUAAACUGACAUUGUUUUUCCUUUUGUAGUGUGGACAACAGUGAAUAUAUGAGAAAUGGAGAUUUUUUACCUACCAGAUUACAGGCCCAGCAGGAUGCCGUUAACAUUGUAUGUCACUCCAAGACUCGCAGCAACCCUGAGAACAACGUGGGACUCAUCACCUUGGCAAAGUAUGUGUUAGAUUAGUAUUAUUCCAAUUGCUCCUGCAAUACCAUUGUUUGAUAUGUAGAGUCAAGUUUAAUUCUUUAUUGGAAAUAAAAUACCUAAAGCAGAUCUGUCACUUAUUUUUUCUUUAUUGGUAUGUCCAAGUUUUAUUUAUUUCAUCACUUAUUUUUAAAGGUAUACAUUUGAAAAAGUAGGGACUACGUUUCCUUAUGUAUAAUCUGCAUUUUGACAAAAGGUGGAGCUUUAGUCAAGCUCCACAUCUUUUAAUAUUGGUCAAUAAUCUCCUUCUAGCAUUGCAUCUUAAGUGAUAAAACUGCUUCAAAGGAGCACUAAUGGGUGUGGAGUGGACUUUAUAUCGCCUUACACCCUGGACAUGCGGUACCGGGCAGACAGAUUUUUCUAUUUUUUUAGCCCCACUGUGGGCAAGCGACACGAUUGCCUUGGGGAGAGUUGGAGCCUGGCAGGCAUAGCAGAAUGUAGUGACUUGGGCUUGCUGCAGCUUGCAGGGAGGUGUGAGGAGCAUGAUACUCCGGACUAGUGGCCAUCGGAAUUCAACGUGAUAUCCUGUCCCGAUGGCCAACACGCUGUGAAUGGCACAGUGAGUGUGGGACAGGCUGCUGGUAAUCUGUGUCAGUGUGUUUGUGUAUAUCAGUGUAUCAUACCUCAGAGAGUAAAACAUUCAGGGUAAUUUGUAAGACUUAUUUUGCUAAAUAAAUCCAAAUGGCACAACUAAGGCAAAGUUAGCCAUGUUGUGACUGUAGCCGAGCUAGAGAAUGUUUCCACAUUUUUUUAUUAUUUUUUUUGCCUCCAUUUCUCUUUUCAGGUUUAGUUUGUGACAAUUCAGAGUUGAGCAUAUAGCCCAUGAAUUUUGGCAGUGGCUCCAAAAUUGUAAUUUGAAAUUAUUUUGUGUCAGGACACGUAGAUUGGGUUACCACUUUAGUCCCUUGGACAAGUAGAUUUAAAAACUUUUUUUAUUUAACUCCACACUCCUGCAUUAAGCACUAAAACAACUUCUUAUAGUAGCUUCGGUGAAUAGAUGUUGUCCCUUUGUUCAGCCUGUACAAAACAUUGCAUUUCCAAGAACAUUUCCAACAGCCACAAGAGGUCCUUUCUCCUGAAGAAUGUCAGUGUUUUGGAAAACCCCCAUACUCUGUAACAUCGUGAUGACACUCCACUAAUUCCUACGUAUUGUAUUUGGUCCUUCUCUGUGAGAUGUAUUGGAUUAGUGGAGCACACUGACUUGUAUGUGCCAUAGGUCCACCUUACUUCUCCAAGGAGUCUGUUGGUUUUGUUUUGGUUUUUCCCAUUUAAAACAUGAAAGGCUCUUAUUGUAAAGCAAUAAAGGACCUAAACUAACUGUAUAUUUCUUUAACAUAUAUUGUGUUGACUAUAAUAUUAUGAUUACUGGGACAUCUCAUUGUGCAUGACACCAUUUUAGAAGAGUGUGACAGCAUUACCGAUAAAAGCAUUCUUACAGACUCUAACUUUGCCGGAAGCAUAAUGUAGUAUACAAUAGGCAAACUCUGAGUGCAGUGUCUCUCGCUAGCAUAGUGUGUUCAUUGCUAGAGAUGUAUAAUUAAUUUUGCAUCUUUUUUUUUUUUUUUUCCAGUAACUGUGAGGUCCUAACUACAUUAACACCAGAUACAGGGCGAAUCCUCUCCAAGCUCCACUCUGUACAGCCAAUUGGGAAGAUCAGCUUCUGCACUGGUAUCCGAGUUGCACACGUGAGUCUCGCUAUUGCAUUCUCUAAGCAAUGAGUGCACCUUGUUUGAG